CUCAUCGUUAAGCAUUCCGUGUCACGGCAACAGUUGAAAGAUGGCGGCUCCCACAACUGAAAAAAUUGCAGAGAUUCGGCAGGCGAUUGCUCGCCAUAUAAACUGUCUGAGUGAAGGAAGUCGAAUGGCAAAACGGAGAGCGUUGGAUAAUAUACGAAAAGAAACAAUCGGAAAGGAUCCAACCUACGAUGCAGAAGUUUUACAAGGAGUUUUUGAAGCAGAGAUGAAGCCGCUGCUGAAAUGCUUCGGUGAUCCAGUUGACAAGUGCCGGGAACUGUCGGCGCAGCUUGUUCAGGAGUUUGUGGAGACGAUCCCGCGGCCUUCAGAAAUCCUCCCUUAUCUUGUUCCAACGAUUGUGACCCGUUUAGGCAACCAGGAAGUCGUGGAGUCAGCAGAAGAACUCAGACUUUCCCUUGUCCAGCUUUUGACUAAACUUGUAGAAUUAACUGGGGAUAAAUCGGCGCCAUUUCUUGAUGAUUUUGUCAAGAUUUUGCAGAGAACACUUGUUGACCCAUUUGCGGAUGUACGAAGAGAAAGUUGCACUUGCACUUGCAAGUUAGCUAGAACAAUUCCACAACAUUUUCAUAUGCAAUCAGAAAGCCUUAUCGCCCCUCUACUCCAGACUAUUAGUCAUCAACAUUCCAAAGUUCGGGUGCAAGUAAUUUACACAGUUGGAGAUGUUUUGCAGUUUGGGAAUCACAAACCAAUGGAAAAGGUUAUAUCACAUCUAGCACAACGGCUCUUUGACCAGUCCCCUCAGGUUAGGCUAGCAGUCACUAACGUUGUUGGAGGGUGGUUGCUUGACUUUGUCGAUCGCUACUCCUUCCAUCAUAAGCUAAUUCCUCUUUUGUUGACAAGCCAGACAGACGAGUUGGAUGAAAUCUCAAGCAAAGCUAAGCAGCUUUGGGUAGAUGUUGGAAAGAAAUACGCUGAGGAGAAUGAGAAGGAUCUCAAGGAUCAGAUGGAUUUUGUUGAUCCAGACAUCGAGCUUCCACCAGGAUACAAUGAGAGACCCAAUUUGGGCUGCAGGACCCUCAUCUUCCGCAACAUGUCCAAGAUCCUUCCCGGCCUGCUCAACGACCUGACCGACUGGACCAUCACCAACCGCAUCAUGUCAGCGAAGCUCCUUCACGUUCUCCUGGUCAACGCCGAAGACCACACCACCCAGCACAUGGCCCCGCUCCUAGCGGGGAUGUACAAGGCAUGCUCCGAUGAAGAGAUGGAGGUGGUACACAGGAUUCAGAAGUCUGGUGAGCUGGUUGGGUUCUAUGUGGGACCAGAGAUCUACUGUAAGCUGAUCUUACCAACGGUCCAGGCUGCCCAGGGACCAGGCGUCCUCAUGACCUUUGCCUCUGUUCUACUCGGAACAAAGAGGGCAGCCCUCAAAUCAUAUCUCGGCGAUAUCUGCAAAACGUUGGCUGAGCCAGACGUGUGUCGAAGUGAAGAUAAGAAUUACCAGAAUCAGCUACUGUCCUGUGUGAUGUCCAUUAUUCUGGUUGCUCAAGAAGAGUGUGGUGAUGUCACCUUGGAACUCUUCACCGUUCUCAUCACCAUCAUGGCCACUGCAAGAGAUAGUGAACUCAGAGACAAGGUCAAAUCAACAUUGACUGACCUAGCAGCGGUCUCGGGUCAUGAGACCCCUGCUUCCCUCUACAAUGCCCAUACCAAGCAAGUCCUGGAGUCCUUCCAGUCUUCAUAUCAUCAGUGGACCAACCUGUCCGUGGAGAGGCUUGUCUUUGACUGUCUGCUCUCUGAAGCAGGUGAAGUUGUGGGUGACCUCCUGGAAGACAUCAUCCCCAUCCUGGAGACCAACCUCAAGCCGGACAAGGAUGCGGAGCUCCGUCUCAAGUUCUUCUCCCUGCUCUCCCGUCUGGUGAUGAGUGCCCCAGUGACCCUAGACUCCAAGGACAGGUUCAGAGACUUCUCCUUGACCGUUGUUCGGACGAUGGUCCUUCCCAACUGCGUGUGGCACGCCGGGAGGACGGCUACAGCCAUCAGGACCACGGCCGUGUCCUGCCUUUGGGCCCUCCUGCAGAGUGAAAUGCUCACAGCUGAGCAGCUGGACUCCAUCAUGGAUGAUCUCCAAGUCCAGCUGCUGACGCUCCUGGAGGAUGACUCCCGUUCCACCCGCCUCAUCACCGUCCGCAUCCUGCAGAAGAUCUUGACUGUCUGCGGCUCCACGACCUUUGACCCCGAACGCCUGCACCAGGUCUACAUGGAGCUCCUGAAGCGCCUGGAUGACAGUAGCGACGAGAUCAGGGUGGCAGUGGCCAAGACAUUCGGGGCAUUCUUUGGUUGCUUUCCUGAGGACUACGACGUGGGACUGUACAAGGCUCACCUAGAGACCCUGUACAGUGGCCUUCUGAUUCACAUGGAUGAUCCUGACCAGACCAUCCAGGAGGCAGUGCUUGAUGUACUAAAGCAAGCCGCCAAGGUCCAACCGUCUCUGCUGAUCAGGGAAAUAGAAUCGGUUCGACACAAGCAUCGCAGCUUCAUCUACUGUGACCAGCUGAUAAAACACACUCAAACAUUCAUGCAGUAACAGUAAAUACAUUCUUUUCAUCCAAUUUAUAGUGUUACAAGACAUGGGGGUGUUGUAAGAAAAUAUUUGCGAUCAAUUGCAAACAUUCUGUUGAAAUUUUACAACUGAUAGAUCAACGUUAGCUGUAGCAAAUCAGAUUAAACUUCUUGUUUCAAGGAGCAGAUUUGCAUUCAAUCACUAAUUUGUAAUUAACUGCAAGACGUAUGAUUGAUCUAGGGACCAAAAAUAGACUUGCAAUUGAUCGCAAGUUUCUUGCAACUCCCCAAAUGUGACAUUUUAUUAGUGCUGGGUGAUAGUUUGAUAAUAUCUAACUUAUGUGAUAUGCAAAACAUAUUGAAGAUUUAUGAAUGCUUUUAUGAUUAUGUGGAGAUAUCGCGGUAACACGAUAUGACAAAAAUAUUGUCAAUUAUCAUUUUACUUCUGCACCUUGAGUUUUUUUUAAUCCCAUUGGUAUCAAUGCAAAUGCUUCAUGGUACACAUUGUGAGCAAAACUUUUGUGAGCAUGUGUAUAGUCCUGAAAAGGACCACCCAAACUCAACAUUUCUAGACUAAAACUAUGUCCAUGAAAGACACAAUGUGUACCAUGAAGUCUCUGCAUUGAUUUUACAUUGGUAUCAAUCAAUGCAGAUGCUUUAUGGUACACUUUGUGAGCAAAUAAUAAGAGCAGGGCCCGCUGGUAGAACAGUUUUCGAAACUGAAGUGGCUACCCUGGGUAAAUAUACCUAUAUUAUUAUUAUUAUUAUUAUAAACCAGCCAAACUUAACAUUUCCGGACCAAACUAGGUCCAUGAAAGACGCAAUGUGUACCAUGAAGUCUCUACAUUGAUUGAUUCAUUCUUCACUGACAUGCAAACCUUCAGAAUUUAUAACUUGUAAGAAUAGCUCAUUCUCUGAUCUUCCAUCCGGUAUGUUGGCAGGUUGCCAGUUUAUUUGAAAGCAAUAAAAACAAGUGCAUUGGAUGUGUCAAAAGUGAGAAAUUAAUUAGGUUUUUAUAAUCAGUACAUGUUCAAAGAUCAUUUGCUGAACCAGAGAAUAUCAGUUGCAUAGUUCCCUUGCUGAACAAUGGAAAUUUCAACCAUAAAGUUAUUUACAAAGUACAUUAUUUCUUAUACACUGUACAUUGGUGCUCAUUACAGCACAUCUGAUAUCAUUACAGUGGGUGACAGGGUUGGGCUCAAUUACAAGGUAAUUGAUCUAUUACAUAAUUGAUUACAUUUUUUGAGUACUUGUAAAUAAUUGUAAUUGAAGUUUUGAACGGGAAAGUAAUUGUAAUUGAAAAAACUGUAAUAGACUUCAAUUACUGCCAAUUACUUGUAAUUGCAUUCAAUUACUUUACAUUAAACUUUACUUAAUUUAUGAUUUAAUUUCGUGACCUUUUUCAUGUCAAAUGCUUCAGCAUCAAAGAGAAUAACAGGCAAAAUCCGUGCUGUUUAACCUGAACCUUCAUCUUGUCAGUUUCUCUGUAACUUAAAAUCAUGUUGAAAUAGGUGGUUUUAUACAGAAUAAAAAUUGGUUUUAGUUUUGAGUUUUGACUUUUCUAGAAAUUAAUUGAAAUUGUAAUUGUAAUUGACAAAAGUAAUUGGUAACUGUAAUUAAAAAAAAUGUAAUUUAGUUGAAAAGUAAUUGUAAUUGAACAUUUCUUCAAUUACGUAAUUGUAAUUGAAGAAGAUAAUUGAGCCCAACCCUGGUGGGUGAUUUCAAGUUCGGUGUUGGUGUUGGUGUUGGAAGCAUAUUUUGGAUUGUGUUUCCUAGCUCCAAAACCUAUUCUGAGUUAAAACAAGAUAAUCUAGAUCACAAUAUUGACAGCUCAACACCUAGUGAGUGACUUUUCAGGACCAUCUUCAUUUUAUGUUUGGUGUUAUACUCGUGUAAAAAUCGACCUAACACCAACACCAAAAGGUCAACACUGAACUUGAAAUCACCCAUUGGUAAAUCUUUCAUUAAACUCAGCUGCAUCAUGGCUCUAGAAGUUACUAUGUAUAUAAUACAGUAUGAAAAAUAUAAAAUGCUUAAACAUUUCACUUUAAUCAUCAAUGAAUUUGAAUAUAGAUUAAAUCAGAAACCCUAAAAUUCCAUAUUCAUUUUUUUUUCUCUUUCUCUCUUGGACUUCUGUAUCAUAUUAGAGUGUAUUCAUACAGAAGACUUUUCAAAAUGCAGAAUUAUGGCAAGCACAAUGGGCUUCUCCAUAAUUACUGGCAGUAGCUACAUUUAAGUUAGAAUAUUUGAAUGUUAAUUAAUGUUUUUAUCAUUAACACACAUCGUCAUCCAAAAUUUGAUUUGUGCCUAAAAAUGCAGUUAUGUAUAUGAUUGAAACAUUGGAAAAACUGCUUGCUAACAUUGUAAAUAUAUGUGCUUACAAGUCUCUUCAAAGAUUCCCUCAAUAAAUUGCUGGGCAAACUUUGAUUGCUAAACACUUUUUACACUCUUAUGACAUCAAACUUUUUCAUACAAGAUAUGAAAAUAAUCUGUAUAUAUUUGAUUUUUUUGGUAUCAAACUGUUACAAAAGAUAUUCAUCAUUGAAUGAAUGACAUUCUGAAAGAAUUGUUACAAAAUUGAUGAUAUCUUUAAUACUUUAUUUUCUUUUUUUUUUCUCCAUUUUUUGUAAUAAAGUGUGUCAAAAUCUCA